AUGACCCAGUUACCAAUCUUCCUCCGCCCUGUCGUCCGCAAAGGGCCUCGAUAUUCGGUCCGGCCCUUCUACGCUUCCCUUCUUGUAUUCACGGCCCUAGCGAUCCUUAGCUGGUCUGUAGCAAAGGCCGGAUCUGGACAAGUACGUGAGCAUUCAACAACGGAAUGGUUCCUCGCUAGGCGGGAGGACGAACCAGAGUGUCGCCUAGUUCGGAACUCGAAAGACCAGUGUGCCUAUGUUCGUGACAAUUGCCCCGAUCACCAAGAUGGUCUGCUUUCCUAUCUCCAGCUCUACUAUUGCGCCCUGUCCGAUGCCAAACCGUUAGCAUUCAUUAUCAUUAUUCUGUGGUUGUCGCUACUUUUCAGCACCAUCGGGAUUGCGGCGAGUGAUUUUCUAUGCAUCGAUCUGAGUACAUUAGCAAGCAUUCUUGGCUUAAGUGAGAGUUUAACGGGGGUUACUUUUCUUGCCUUUGGCAAUGGCAGCCCCGACGUGUUCUCUACAUUCGCCGCCAUGCGAUCGAACAGCGGCAGUCUGGCAAUUGGCGAGCUAAUCGGAGCGGCCAGCUUCAUCACAUCCGUUGUCGCCGGCUCUAUGGCUCUAGUGCGGCCCUUCAAGGUAGCUCGGCGAAGCUUUGUUCGAGACGUCGGAUACUUUGUGAUUGCCGUAAGCUUCAGUAUGUUUCUGCUUGCAGACGGUCGACUUCACGUCUGGGAAUCAGCGACAAUGGUUGCGCUCUAUGCGUUCUAUGUGGUGAUGGUUGUGACUUGGCAUUGGUAUCUUGUUCGACGUCGUCGCAGGUACGAACGAGAUCUCGCAGCGCGAACUCAUUUUCAUAUUCCAAACAACCAGGAGCUUGAGGUUGAACAUCCCAUAGAGGACGAUGAUCCUGGUGUGGCUUCCGAGUCGCGCAGCCUUCUCCGUGGGGCAUCAACCGAUGAUUUUGAUCUUCUGGAACGUGCGGAAUGGAGACCUAGUUGGAAAGACGAGGACGACGAGGACGACGAGACGCGCAAUCGAUAUCUGGCAGAGAUUCGUGACAAUAUGCACGUCUAUAGGCCGCCAAUUCGAUCAAGACGGAACACUCUCAAUCCUAUCCGGCCGAGUCUUGUUGGCGCACUAGAAUUCCAGAGUGUACUUCAAGCGCUUCAGAAAUCGCAGACUUCCAUACAUAGACCGACGAUCAGCCUGAGCAGCUAUUCAGAUGAUGGCAACGAUUCCUCACAGACUUUCGACACUCGGUCCAUUGCGUCACAUCCUCGCGCACGCAAACCCGCAAACUCGAAUGAUCGUUUGACCCCAUAUGGCGCAGAAGGCUCUCGAGCUCGAGCUGUAUCAGCAAAUUAUGCUGAUGGACUGAAGCUUGAUACCAGUCUAUUUGAUCGACCUCAACAAGAGAAUACACCUCUUCUCACCGUGAGACGGCCUUCUGGUGAACGCGCUGGUAGCCAAGAUAGAGUCGAGCCUCCUCGAGUUCCCCGAAUCGAUACCAGUGCCUUACUGACCGCCUCCCCUUCAUCCUCGGAAUAUCCAUCACCAAGCGCAAGCCCCAUUGGAGAUAAUCCGGCACAAAACUUAUUGGCUCCUCCCGAUCCAUUCCAUGCUCCCAAUUAUCAGUCGACAACAACACACGAUCGAUCUCCGCUCCCGAUAUCACCGCGAGGUGGUACCGGCAGUUCUUUCGCUGGAUUUGGAUCCGAAAGCCCAUCUACACCGUUUCCCAUAUAUACAGAUACUCCAUCUGCAUCAUCUUCUCGUGCACCUAGCAUUCGCCUUCCCAACCCUGCAACUAGCCCAUCGGAGCAGCUCUUGAUUCACGAUGGCAUGGACGGAAUGACUGAGAGCUCAUCGUUCCAUAGCCUGAAGAAAUGGUGGCCAAGCUCUAUCCUGCCCCCUCCUUCAAUAAUCGGCUGCACACUUUUUCCCACUUUGGCAGGCUGGAAAGACAAAAGCAUCGCCGCAAGGCUGUUGGGAAUUAUUGCGGCCCCCAGUGUGUUUCUUCUCACCAUUACGAUUCCGGUAAUUGAACCACAGGCUCCAGAACCCGAUGAGCGGGACCCAAUACCUGCGGUGGUUAUCGAACCAGUUAAUGAUAAUAAUUGUUCUGCCCCAAGGAUUAGGCUACCGGCGGAUAGUCCAGUCCUUCAGCCUAUGGGACAUGAUCAUGAAGAUCUUAUUCCUGACAUUGCGUCGGCCCAGCCUCAUUCACAUCGAAAGUCCACCCAUCAUCAGUCCACCAGUCGGCCUCGCUGGGACUCAGAGCUCCCAGCUGCACCUCCCGCCGGGCUGCCUUUGCCAUCCAGGGACUGGAAUCGGUGGCUGAUUAUGAUCCAGCUCUUCACUGGGCCCUUCUUCUUUACUCUCAUUGCUUGGACCACCGCGGAUGCAAGUCUUGAUCCACGAAACCUCAUUCUGCCUACAUUGAUAUCCCUCCUCUUCUCUCUCUUGUGUUUGACUGCUCUCAUUAUUACCACCCGCCGGCGCUCUCAGCCCCAACCAGAAAGCGUACAGUUGUCAUAUUUCUCACAUGGGUCCCCGAAAUUGCCUGUGCCUCAAUCUCUUCCAUCUGGCUGGCGACCUUUUCUUUCUCUACUCGGAUUUUUGGUGGCCAUCUCUUGGAUUGCCACAAUCGCUACAGAAGUCGUAUCGGUGCUCAAGACCCUCGGUGUCAUCCUUGACAUUUCAGACUCCCUACUAGGGUUGACCAUCUUUGCGGUGGGAAACUCGUUAGGUGACCUAGUCGCAGAUAUCACCGUCGCCCGUCUCGGAUACCCCGUCAUGGCUCUUAGUGCUUGUUUUGGCGGGCCCAUGCUCAACAUCUUGUUGGGUAUCGGGCUAGGUGGUCUAUAUAUGACCAUGAACGGGGGCAGCAAAACGCCGAGAAAUAGUGAGAUGGCUGUUCCCGUGCGGGUUCCUUAUGAGAUUGCCAUUUCAAAGGUGCUGGUCAUCAGUGGCGCUACUCUGCUGGUGGUUCUGGUCGGCCUCCUGAUCGUGGUUCCUUUGAAUAAUUGGCGCAUGGAUCGAAGGAUUGGGUGGGGUCUUGUUGUUGUAUGGUGCGUAAGUACCUUGGGGAACGUCAUUGCGGAAGUUACAUUGUGA